AUGGGGGAAGAAGCUUCUUCUCGAUCUGACAGCCCGCAUGGGUCGAACUCCGGCGAUACCCUGACUCGCCAGGGCUUCAUCGGGGGCUUAGUAGGAGCAGCGCUAGCCCCGGCCCUGGUAAAGCCUCGGCCCCCGCCGUCGUACGACGUUAUGAAGUACGAACGGAUAUUCGACACCGCCAGGAAAAGCUUCGUGCCCGCCGACCCGUCAAGGCUGAUCUUCCCCGGGGUCGGCUUCGCGGACCGCGUGGUUUGCACGGGCGAGAUGCACACCCACCCGCUCCACCACAGGAUGCAGUUCGAGGUGAUCAAGGCCGUGGCGUCGGUCACCAAGGCCAAGACCGAGCCGCUGGCCAUCGGUCUCGAGAUGUUCUAUCGCCAGCAGCAGGAUGCUCUCGACCGCUACGUCUUUAAUCACGGAGAUCUCGCGGCGCUCAAGCUCGACACGAAAUGGGACGAGACAUGGGGUUUUGACUUCAACCAGUACGCCAAGAUUUUCCACUACGCGCGCGAGAACGGCAUCCGCUUGGUUGGGUUGAAUGCCCCUCAGUCCCUCCUGCACCUGAUCAACAAGGUCGGGAUCGCGGGGUUACCCCAGCGACUCCGAGAGGUGCUCCCAGAAAUGGACCUCAGCAAUAUGGCCCAUCGAAAGCGUUUCGAGGACGCCAUCAAUGGCUUCCAGCACGGGGCAGGGAUUGACGCAGCUGCCAUGAACCGCAUGUACGAAGCCCAGACGCUGUGGGACGAGUACAUGGCGGAAUCGGCCAGCCGGUACCUCCAGCGAGCGGGGGGGCGGAUAGUACUCUUGGCCGGAAACGGGCACGUUCAAGCGCGCGACGGUAUCCCGGACCGAGUAGAACGCCGCACGGGAUUGAAACCCUUCACCAUCGUGCCCGUCUCCGUGGAAUGGACGGAGGAUGGGCUGCCGGACAUCGACCACCCUCCGGGGACAGCCUUCGCCGACUGGGUGUACUUCACGCAGAACGAAAUCGGACCGCCGGUGCGUGGGGCCGGGUCAGAAGGCAACUGGUAGGCUCAUCUGUUCUGCUAUGGCAAGGAAGAGUUGCCAUGAACCCUAACAGGGGUUGGGGACGUUUCGUUUCAUCCCCGAGGAAAAGUGAGACGAGGCCUAGAACGGAGGUGAAGGGCGUCAUGAUUGUUUUUGGGGUGGUAGACUUCGUCUGUGGUCGUUUCGUCCAAUUUGGGGGGGAUGUUCCUGCGUAUGACCAUCGUGAGCAGAGGACGCGGGCGGGGGGGCGCAGCGACUUGGGGGGGGGGGUUCAGGCCAGGUCACAGACUGGUCGCGUGUCAACCGGAUCAGCCUCCCUGCGCUUGGUAUGACGGAAAGUAAAAAAAACGAACGCGUCACGCGUGUCAAACGUGGGCGGAUGGAUUGAUUGGAUCACGUGGCCGCUCGGCAUCGCGUAGCGCCUGUAAGUAGACAUCCUUUUGUAAAUAUGGAAGCGAACAAGGAGGCGAGGAUUGCGUUAUCACUUCAGGUUCUGGUGAGGGUCGUCCACGAGGUUUCUUCCAAGCACUCGGGGGGAAUGAGAGACAGCUCGGCUCGGACGAAGCAAACUGUUGUGUUUCGUGGCGAUUCUAGCUCGGGUGACGUUGGGCGGGGGCACAGGGAGGCGUAAAAUUUGAGGGGCACGCACGCGCCGUGUGGGGGGGCUCCGUAGACCUGCCACUGGUCACGUUGGUGUACAUACGUGCGGUUGUUAAAUGUCGGGGGUUUGAUGCGAGGAUAACGCGACGCUUGAGGAUUUUGUGUUCGGGUGCGAAGGGUGUUUGUAGCCGAUGCUGUGCGAAUGUUUUUGUGCUACCGUUGGGCUCGAACGCGGGGCGGGAUGCGUGCUCAGACGCAAAGAAUGCCCCUAUGGCAUGGACUCUGUUGGUAUUCGCGGGAUGAUGGGUGCGUCGAGACGGGGCCCGAAGGGUUGUCCCCCUCCAAAAUUUUGUAGGUUUGGAUUGGUGUGAUGUAUGUGUGUUGUCGUCGGAACGACGUCACAACGCUGUGCGGCUAUCCCUUCCGUCAGAGGAAGAAUUCAACAUGUAUGCGGCGGUGCCGUUAACCACAGCAGUACCUGGUUGCAUUCCUUCGUCUCUUU